UAAAUAAAAAAUGUACUCAUCUAAAGUAUCUAACAACAAAAAUCAAUGUUCCAAUGGUGUCAAAAAUAUCAUCAUGAUCAUUUCUUUCAUACUUAUAAUCUAUCUCAUGUGUUUCAACUUUUCAAUUCCUAACACAAAAUCACUCCACACAUCAGUUACACUCCAAAAUGAUUCGUCGUCAUCAUCGUUAUCAUUAUCAUCAGAUACAAAUCUUGAACAUAUUGUAUUCGGAAUUGCGUCCAACGAGAACGCAUGGUCCGCUAGGAAAGAAUUAGUGAAGAUGUGGUGGAAACCAGGACGAAAUAUGAGAGGAUGUGUAUUUCUUGAAAAAAUGCCACCUAAUUAUACGAACAACGCUAACGAUUCUUCAUUACCUCCGAUUUGUAUAUCAGGUGACACGUCACGAUUUAAGUACACGUUUCGCGGAGGGACACCCUCCGCGAUACGUGUGGCUCGUGUUGUAACCGAAACGGUUGCAUUGAACCAUUCGAAUGUUAGGUGGUAUGUUUUUGGAGAUGAUGAUACGGUUUUUUUUACGGAGAAUUUGUUGAAGACGUUAUCGAAAUAUGAUCAUGGACUAUGGUAUUAUAUUGGAUCGAAUUCGGAACAUUUUUUGAUGAAUAAAGCUUUUUCGUAUGAAAUGGCGUUUGGUGGUGCUGGAAUUGCUAUAAGUUCUCCGUUAGCUAAAGUUCUUGGCACAGUGUUUGAUGCGUGUAUCGAAAGGUACCCUCACCUUUUUGGUAGUGAUGCUAGGAUUUAUUCAUGUUUGGCUGAGCUUGGUGUUGGGUUAACCCAUGAACCCGGUUUUCAUCAGUUGGAUGUAAGAGGAAAUAUGUUUGGAGUAUUGGCUGCACAUACACUGAGACCUUUGGUAUCUCUGCAUCAUUUGGAGAUGAAUGAUCCUAUAUUUCCAAACAUGACGAAAAUGAAAUCUCUGGAGCAUUUAUACAAUGCUGCAAAGUACGAUCCUCAUCGUAUUUUGCAGCAAACAGUAUGCUACGAUCGUUGGUAUACUUGGACAGUUUCUGUAUCGUGGGGAUACUCUGUUCAAGUUUUCAGCUAUAACAUCUUCUUGCCCGAUGCUCUACGUAUACAGGAGAGUUAUUUUCCGUGGCAAACGAGUGAUUUAGCUAGACAUUAUGACUUUGAUACAAGGCCAUAUGAACCUGAUCCUUGCAAAAGACAGCUUGUUUAUUUUCUACAUAAUGUGUCUACUGGAAUUAAUGGACAAAUCAAGACUAUUUACAGGAAAAAAACCCCUGAGAAUUGUACUAUCACAAUGGUGUCACCUAGAAGACUAGAAGAAAUCAGAGUUGUUUCACAAAAGCUAGAAAUCGACAGAAAACGGUUGCUAUCACCAAGAAGACAAUGCUGUGAUGUAUUACCAUCUACAUCAAGAAAUGUGAUGGAUGUCGCGAUAAGAGAAUGCAAAGAAGACGAACUGAUAUUCAUACACCCUUAGUUGUUGUGACAUUCAACAUGUCGAUAUUUGAUGGCAAAUUGGUGAUGGGAUAUGAAGGAUUUAUAAGAACAGAGGAUUUUCGCGGUUAUCCCCAAUUAAGCCAAUACUAUUUUGCUUUCUCCAAGCAUAACAUCUACUCUCCUUUGCUUGUGAAGUAGAUUUAGGAAAGCAGUUUAGGAAAUUUAACUAUGAAGUUAGUAGGAUUAGAGUGUACUUAAGGAAAAGGGAAUUAUAAUUAUUUAGUAUGUAACUACAAAGCUAUGCACAUCUGCAUAAGCAAUCAAAUGUGAAGAAACUUGGGAGUUAAUCAAAGAAAAAAA